AUGGACGCUUAAGAUAUUCAAUUAUAAGAUUAGCUCUUUACUUAAUAGAAUAAUGUAAUAGAUUUUGAGUGUUUUGACAAAAUGGAGAAAUUCCCUAUAAAGGAGAAAUUUAAAAUCAUAAAAACCAACAAUAAUGAUCUGUUAAUAGUAAAAGAAAAUGGAACAAUCAUUAAAAGGUUAACAGUUAGUGAUAUCAAAACUAGCGAGAUGUUCUUUUAUUAAUAAGAUGAUAUUCCAGCGAACUUUAUUUUGAGGCAGAUAAAAUUUUUUUAAUGGGUUGGAAAUUAUGAAGAAAAAAAAAAAGUAGGGAUAUGGUCAGCUAAAUGGAACAACCAAGCUUUGUUAGAUGUCGGAGGUUAGUAUUGCAAUAGAGGCAAGAAAUAAGGACAAUGGAAAGAAAUUUUUAAGAAUUACUCUGAAAAAACCUAAAUCUAUGAAGAAGGACUAUAUAAAGAUGAUCUAAGAAUUGCUAUUUGGAAUAUAAUCUAUGAAAAUAGUCAAAUUCAAUCAACCUUAGUGGUGGAGGGUGUUACAAUGAGCAAGGCUAGAAGACUGGUCUAUGGUAAGAGUUGA